AGAAGGAAUAGGUACUAUUACUAGAGAAGAAGCUAUUAAUUGGGGAUUAUCAGGCCCUAUGUUACGAGCUUCAGGAGUUCAAUGGGACCUUCGAAAAGUAGAUCAUUAUGAAUGUUAUGAUGAGUUAGACUGGAAAAUUCAAUGGCAGAAAGAAAGAGAUUCAUUAGCUCGUUAUUUAGUAAGAAUUGGUGAAAUGAAAGAAUCUGUUAAAAUAAUUCAACAAGCUUUAAAAGCUAUUCCGGGAGGACCUUUUGAAAAUUUAGAAGCACGCCGACUUAAUCAAGGAAAAAGUUCAGAAUGGAAUUUAUUUGAAUAUCAAUUUAUUAGUAAAAAACCUUCACCAACUUUUAAAUUACCUAAACAAGAACAUUAUGUUAGAGUAGAAGCGCCAAAAGGAGAAUAUGGUAUUUUUUUAAUUGGAGAUGAUAGUGUUUUUCCUUGGAGACUUAAAAUUCGUUCACCUGGGUUUAUAAAUUUACAAAUUCUUCCUCAAUUAGUAAAAGGGAUGAAAUUAGCAGAUAUUAUGACAAUUUUAGGUAGUAUAGACAUAAUUAUGGGGGAGGUUGAUCGUUAGAAUGAUUUCAAAUAUAAAUUUAGAAGAUUAAUUUUUUAAUUUUUUUUUACAUUAGAUUUUUCUAAAGAAUUUUUUAACUUUUGUGGAUUAUUUUUUCUAUUUUAAUUCUUAUGUUAGGGGUUACUAUUGGAGUAUUAGUACUUGUAUGGCUUGAAAGAAAGAUAUCUGCUGCAAUCCAGCAACGGAUUUGACCAGAAGAUGCUGGUCCUUUAGGAAUGCUUUAGCGGAUGGAAUUAAACUUUUUUUAAAAGAAGAUAUUGUUCCAGCACAAGGCGAUGUUUGGUUAUUUAAUAUUGGACCUAUUUUGGUUAUUAUACAAGUUUUUUUAAGUUAUUUAGUAAUUCCUUUUGAAUAUAAUGUUAUUUUAGCUAAUUUUAGUACAGGGGUGUUUUUUUGGAUUGCUGUUUCUAGUAUUGUUCCUAUGGGACUUCUUAUGGCUGGUUAUGGGUCAAAUAAUAAGUAUUCUUUUUUAAGUGGUUUAAGAGCUGCUGCUCAAUCUAUUAGUUAUGAAAUUCCCUUAGCUUUAAUUGUUUUAUCUAUAGCUCUACGUGUGAUUCGUUAAAGUACUUAAAAAAAUUUAGUAAUAAAAUUUUUAAUUUUUUAAUAAAAAACUAAAUAGUCAUAUGGGUGAGAUUAAACAGCAUUUGAAUUUGCAGUAAAAAAAUCAAGUCCCAUCCUCUUUGUACAAGAGUGAAAGCUAUAUACAAUAAAUUAAGAAAGUAUAUUUUCCAGGUAAAAGAGUAGCGAUCUAGUACUGACAGCGAAAAAAAAAAUCAAUAAUAUAAUUUUAUUAUAUAUAUUGAAUAAGCAAGAGUAGAAGGUAAGAAAACCCAAAAUACACAAAAAAUUAGUAAAAAUAUAUAAAAUAUAUUAAAAUGAGAAUAAGGACUUAAUAUUAGUAGAGAUUUU